GUAAAUGAGGAUUGGAUUGGUUGUUUUCAGAAAACGGAGCUGGAUCAAUGCACAGAUCAGUAGCAUCCUCAUUGGAGUGGCUGUCACAUGAAUUCUUUGGAGACUUCUGGAGAAAAGAGAAAGAAACUGAAACGGCAUGAAUGAAUUAAUCAGCUCUGUUAUCACAAUAUCUGCAGGGGACCCGAUUAAGAACUUCUAUCAGCGCUGGAUAAAACAGUAGAUUUUAAUAUUCAAGAAGAGAAAGGGCACACACCUUUUUCCCACUGUCUGUUCUAUGGCACUAUUAUUAAGGCUUGCCUUUUAUUCAGUCUCUCUUCUUUAAUGAAGAUCUGAAAAAGUCUUGGAAAAAAAAAGAACCAUCAAAAUAAGUCAUCUUUAAACAGUGGCAGAGCCAGCCUGCCCUGAAGCAGACCUUUCUUCUCUGGGUUCCAGAUGUCUCUUCCCAAAAGAACAUGAAACGUCCUUCCAAACACCUGUAAAGUGAUAACCAUCAUAUAGGAAUUUGAGAAGUUGAUGUAUGACAUAGUUAUGAAUCAAGUGAGAAAUAUCCAAUUUCCAUGAUGUCCUGGCCUGGAAGACCUUACCACAAAAUAAACAAGAGGAGACCAUUAUAACAACUUUUCAUGUGUGCUUGCACAACGGAUUUCUGUGGUUAUGUAUACAAAGCUGAGGCAUAAAUACAGCCAGGUUUUUUUAGACUUCCCAAAUCAUGUGUAGAGGCUACCAAUUGUGGCUAAAGUUUGUUUUAUAACUCUGUCUCUCUGACUUGUGGACAGUACAGAAGUUAUUUGUGGAUUUAGAUUUUGGAUGACCAGUAGGCAAAGAAAAUUUCUCUUGGAAAUAAUCAUGACUGAUAAUUUUACAUGUAACAAGACAGAUGGAGACAAUACAGAUUUCCGGUACUUCAUUUAUGCAGUGACAUACACUGUUAUUCUUGUGCCAGGUCUCAUAGGGAACAUAUUAGCCUUAUGGGUAUUUUACGGCUAUAUGAAAGAAACCAAAAGGGCUGUGGUAUUUAUGAUAAACCUAGCCAUUGCUGACUUAUUACAGAUUCUCUCUCUGCCACUGAGGAUCUUUUACUACUUGAACCAUGACUGGCCAUUUGGUCCUGGUCUCUGCAUGUUUUGUUUCUACCUGAAAUAUGUAAACAUGUAUGCCAGCAUCUACUUCUUAGUCUGCAUCAGUGUGCGAAGAUUUUGGUUUCUCAUGUACCCCUUUCGUUUCAAUGACUGCAAACAGAAAUAUGACUUGUAUAUCAGCAUUAUUGGCUGGCUGAUCAUCUGCCUUGCCUGCCUGCUCUUUCCUCUCCUCAGAACCAAUGAUGAUACUCCAGGUAACAGAACCAAAUGCUUUGUGGAUCUUCCUAUCAGGAAUGUUAAUCUGGCCCAAUCUGUUGCCAUGAUAACUAUUGGAGAGGUGGUUGGGUUUGUUACUCCUCUUAUGAUUGUUUUAUACUGUACCUGGAAGACAGCUUUGUCAUUACAAAAUAAAUAUCCCAUUUCUCAACAUCUUGGAGAGAAAAAGAAAGCCCUGAAGAUGAUUCUGACCUGUGCAGGGGUGUUUCUAGUUUGCUUUGUACCUUAUCACUUCAGUUUUCCUUUAGAUUUCCUGGUUAAGUCCAAUGAAAUUAAGAGUUGCUUUGCCAGAAGAGUGAUUCUAAUAUUUCAUUCUGUGGCCCUGUGUCUGGCAAGUCUGAACUCCUGUCUUGACCCAAUUAUAUAUUAUUUUACCACUAAUGAGUUCAGAAGACGUCUUUCAAGACAAGAUUUGCCUGAUAACAUCCAACUCCAUACAAAAUCAUACAAAAUUGCAAGUAACCAUGCCACUUCUGCCGUGGCAGCUGAACUAUGCUAAAUAAAACCCAGAACUGAACAUGGCCUGGAAUGCAAAUUCCAGAACACAUUUGCAGUACCCCAUCAAGACAGUAUUCACAGGAAGUAUUCAUAACAUUUCAGUGUGGUCUAUAUUACUUACAUGGGUAAUGCACAUAUUUAUGACAAUACCUGUUUAGAAUAUUGUAUUUCAAUAUCAUUGCUGGUGACAUGUCCAUGAGGUAAUGUUGGACCAAGUCUUUAAGACUUAAGUGGUAAAAUUUUGAUAAUAAUGCGCACAUAUUCUCUCAGCUAGAGUCAUCAGCUUUAUCUGUGAACCUAAGUCACAAAAUCAAUUACUAACUCAAGCCCAUUUUAAGCACUGAGUUUUCUUACCACAGUUGCUGAAUCUAUGUUCAAAAGGUGUGCAAUUGUCCAUUUGUAGUAGUGAUCACAGUUUGCAUUCCAACAACAUAUUUAGUUGUUUUUAAAGUGGGGUGGGCAAAACUUUAUGUAUACAUAGUAUUAUAAAAAUAGGGUAAUUGUUAUUUCCCAAGUGUGAUUCUAUUGAAGGAUUUGAAACUCCAAUGCUUUAUUUCUUCAGUUAGUUUUAAUAUGAAACAUCAUCUGUCACAUUACUUAUUGAAUGAAUUUCUGAAAUCAGGCUUUGGUACACUUAAACUAAGAACAACAAACAUUCAUGACACAUAGUAAUCCUCUAUAAUUGUAUAAAAUGCUACAUUGAAUAUUCCCAGGGCAGGUAGUUUUCUACAGUUAAGCCAACAUGAGUCAGAUGGCCUUUAUGCUUUAGAGAAAGGAAAAAGGUGACAACCACAAUUCUGGCUCUCUGAAACUAGGUCCAAAGAAUACCUUCAGGUAUGUAUGAACAUGCCUAGGAGAGGGAUAGCUUUUCAUCAUAAUUUAGAAUUACAUUGAAGCAAUCUGAUAGGUUAUUACUACAUUUACUGAGCCUAUGGAAGAAACAGUGCACCAAUUAGUCACUAAGCUUGGGCAGAGUGAAAAUAUGAACCAAAGUUAAGUAUAAGUCUUAAAAAUCACUAUUGUCCUUUAAAUAUUCUCCAAGGUAAGUGGUGCCUAUUAAGGCAUCUACACAAGCCAGAGUAUGACAUAAAGACACUGGUCAUGUGGACUUUUAAAUCUGCACUUUUUCAGUUAAGUUAUAUGAUUAUUAAGCCUACAAAGAUUACCCCUCAGAAACCUUUGAAAGCAAUUCUUUCACCUUUUGAGAAAAGUGUGGAUCAUUCCAGCAGCCAUAUACAUCCUUACAAAAGCUAUGUCUACUAUCUGUUUGGUACUAUUGAGCAGGAAAAACUCAGGUAUGUGGCUGUAAGCACUGGAAUAUUCUGAAGCAUGAUAUACAUUGUAAAUACGAUUACUUUCAGAAAUCUUAGAAUAAGAGAAUGGGGAUAAAACACUCUUCUUUACAUUGAGAAAAUAAAGAAAUCAAGCAAGACAUACAGUUUUAGGGAUAUAGUUAAUGAUACUAUAUGUUUUAAGGAAAACUCAUUAAAUGGACAUGAAUUUUAGCUUCUAAUACUAGUGGGAAACCUCUAAAUUUUUGUCUGAGUAAGUAACAAAAAUGUAGUGCUUAUGUUUGAACAGUUUAUGAAGAUAAUAAUGUAUUAGAAAAAUGAGUUUGUGC